AUGAAUUCAGGAGGUAAAUAUGAUCAUGAAAGACAACGAGAAGCCACCGCACAUUGGAUUAUGAUGCAUGAACAUGCAUUUAAUAUUAUUGAGGAAGAAGGUUUUCAUUUUAUGAUGAAGUGUUCUAAUAUUUCAUAUGAGAAAAUUAGUCGGAAGACAUUGAAGAAUGAUUGUAUUGCUGUUUAUGAAGCUGAAAGAAAAAAGUUGAAGUCUACUUUAAGGACAAUAAAUAAGAUUUGUUUGACCACUGAUUUAUGGAAGUCACAAAAUCAGAAGAUAGAAUACAUGGUGUUAAUUGGCCAUUUCAUUGAUGCUGACUGGGUUUUGCAGAAACACAUUCUUAGUUUUGUUCAUGUUCCUCCUCCUCGGUGUGGUGUUGAUAUUGCUGAUGCUAUCUUCAAAUGUCUUAAAUAUUGGGGUAUUGAAAAUAAAAUAUUUAGUGUGUCAGUGGAUAAUGCACAUUACAACGAUAGAUGUUUGAAAGAGUUAAAAGUUCUGAUUUUAAGGCACCGGAAAUUAGUGUUAGAUGGAAAGUUAUUUCAUGUGCGUUGUUGUGCGCAUAUACUAAAUUUUCUUGUUCAAGAUGGUAUUGGGAAAAUAGCAAAAAUAGUUGAAGACGUGCGUGAAAGUGUGAAGUUCAUCAAUCAGUCUGAAGCAAGGUUGCAAACAUUCUCACAAAUAGUUCAACAACUAAAGCUUGAUGGUAAAAAAUUAAUUCUUGAUUGCCCUACUCGUUGGAACUCCACCUAUCAAAUGUUGUCAACUGCAAUGCAGUUCAAAGAAGUCUUCCCUCAUUUUCAAGAUCGAGAACCAAGCUAUACAACUCUUCCAGAUGAUGAUGACUGGGAAAAGGUUGAAAAAGUUUCCAAGUUGCUAGAGGUAUUUAAUGUUAUUACAAAUAUUAUUUCAGGUAGUGAAUAUCCAGCUGUUAACUUAUAUCUUGCUGAGGUAUUUCGAAUCAAACUAGUUUUAGAUCAAGCUAUCCAAGAUGAAUCUGAUUUUAUGAAAGAAAUGGCAAAAGCGAUGAAGGGAAAAUUUGACAAAUAUUGGAGCCAAUGUAAUCUUGUUAUGUCGCUUGCUUCUGUUUUGGACCCUAGGAUCAAAAUGAUGGGUGUUAACAUGUGUUUUCCCUUAAUUUAUCCACAAGUUGAAGCUAGAAAAAAUAUAGAAAAUGUGCAUAUUGCGCUUGAUGAUAUGUACAAAGAGUAUGUUGAUAUACUUAGUGAGCAUAGUGAAGAAGGAUCUAGUAGAAGUGGUGUUGAUCAAAAUGGGCUUAUUUUGGAGUCACAAAAAUCCUCAGGGUGGUCAUUGUUAAUGAAUUAUGUCGAAGAACAACAAGCAAUUCCUGCUGUAAAAUCUGAAAUUGAAGAGUAUUUGAAUGAGCCAACUUACAAACCUAAAGAUAACGACCAUAUGUCAUUUUGUGCCUUGUAA